UGUCAUUAUCCUGUGGAAAUGUGUGAUCAAAGAGUGAGAAAAGACUACGAGGAGGCCUUUUCUGCAACGAAAGAAGAGAACGAGCGACAACAUCAACACUUGGACGCUGUUUUCAAGAACCCUCGAAUUGUGUUGCACAGAGCAGACAUUGGUCAAGAAUAUCUUUGUCCCGAGCAACAGAAGCAGCCACAGCAUCCUCACGUUAAGGAAGAGGAGGAGGAGGAAGGGCCCCUCUGCAUUGACAACCAAGUGGACAAUGAUAUCACCCAGUUUCCAUUGACUGGUGUUCCUUUGAAGAGUGAAGAUGAUGACGACAAAGGGCAAAGUGAGGAAAAAGUAGUGGCUGAAUCUGCAAGCAGCAGCUCAAGUCAUCAGAUGACACCAGUUGGUGAUGGAGGCACCCUUGGAGAAUCACAAGCAAAUGCCCUCUUAGCGCCACUAUCGGAUUGUGACGUUGCAGCUGAUGAUAACGAUUAUGAUGAUGAACACUCGAAAGGUGACUACAAAAAUGUGAAAUGUUCUCAGUGUAACAAAACGUUUUUCAACAAGUCAUCGUUGAAAAGACACAUAAGAACACACACUGGAGAGAAACGUUUUUUCUGCUCUGUAUGUGGUAUUACAGUAACUCAAAAGUGUAGUUUAACAGAUCACAUGAGAACGCACACUGGAGAGAAACCUUUUGCCUGCCCAGUGUGUAACUUGAGUUUUGGGAGUCGUUCGUAUUUAAGAACACACACACGAAUACACACUGGAGAGAAACCUUUUGCCUGCCCACUCUGCAACUUAGGAUUUGCGAGUCGUUCGGAUUUAAGAACACACACAAGAACACACACUGGGGAGAAACCUUUUGUCUGCACAAUUUGUGCAAAACGAUUUUCUCGGAAGGGACAUUUGAAUGCACACAGAAGAACACACUCUGGAGAGAAACCUUUUUCCUGCACAGUUUGUGGGCUUAAGGUAACUCAAAAGAGUAGUUUAACUUAUCACAUGAGAACACACACUGGAGAGAAACCUUUUGCCUGCCCACUCUGCAACUUAAGUUUCGGGAGUCGUUCAUAUUUAAAAAUACACACACGAUUACACACCGGGGAGAAACCAUUUUCUUGUUCAGUUUGUGGUAAAAGAUUCUCUCUGAAGGGAGAUUUAAGAUCACACACAAGAACACACACUGGGGAGAGACCUUUUGUCUGCUCAUUUUGUGGCAAAAGGUUCACCCGGAAAGGACAUUUGAACACACACACAAGAACACACACUGGUGAGAAACCUUUUGACUGCUCAGUUUGUGGUCAAAGGUUCUCUGAAAAAGGAACCCUCAAAAAACACACAAGAACCCAUACUGGAGAGAAACCUUAUGCGUCUUCACUUUGUAAUCAAAAAUUCCCUGAAAAAGGAACCUUAUUAACACACACAGAAACACACACGAGGAAGAAACCUUUUAUCAGUUCAGUCUGCAACAUUAGUUCUGAACUGGAAGACCUUUGUCCUGAACAGCAGGAGCCGCAGUCUUCCUCCAUUAAAGAGGAAGAGAAGAAAGAUGAUCUCAUCAGAUUGCCUUUGAAUGGUGUCAUUGUGAAGUGUCACGAAGAUGAUGAUGAUAAUAUGACAAUGUUUUCUGAUGUCAACACAGAGUGGAAAUGACACAGAGAGAAACUUUUUAGCUGCUCAGAUUGUGGAAAAAGAUUCACUCAGCAGAGACAUUUGACCGAUGUGAGAUCAAACAUUCUAUGAUAAGUAGCGUCACAUGAAGGAAUAAGUGCGUUUGUGAGAAGUGCCGCCGUAAAUGAAGCAAAAAA